AGUAGUGAAUAUAUGGAGAUGAGCUGGAGCUAGUACGCGGCGAUCAAACCCAAUAUUUAACAUCAACUUCGACUUUUCAUUCCAGUCAUCCCAACCAAUUUCAUUUAAGGAUUCUAGCAAAGCUGCCCACAAAGCUGGCCGGUUUGUUAAGUUUUUGGAAGUUUUUAAGUAUUUUUCUAUUCAUUAAUUUCUCAUUCGAACGCUUGGAUAGGAUAAUGUCACGGAUCCGCCACUUCCUGUUGCCCAAGUCAGUCGCCAAUACUGGAUCACAGCUGCGUGACCAUCAGGCCAAUGAACGAACCUUUUUGUCAUGGACCCGCAUGGGACUAGCUUUCGCCGCUAUGGGCCUUGCCUUUGGUCGCUUGCACAUUAUUGACCACUUCCUCAGCACCCAUGGCAACCUCAAAUUAAACGUAAUUUUGGACGACCCAAGCAUGUCUCCAGAGUCGCAGAACAUCGCCAAAAAUAACGAGUCAAAACCUCGCCUGGCUGGGGCAGAUGGUCUUGCUAGUAACAUCUGCCAGGCAAUCAGCUUCUGGUCGUUUGGUUAUGGAAUCUUUCGGUAUCUAUCAUCGAGAAGAAACCUGAUGCAAGGGCGGUUCGUUCCAGCCCUAUGGGGCCCCAUACUCAUGACGACUGGAUCAAUUGGAGUUUUUGGAGCGGCUUUACAUACAGAUUUUGGAAGCAAGCCAUUAUGGGUCGGAAAAAAGGGAAAGAAAGACGAGGCUAGUCAUUAGCUUCACGGCUUAUGGAUUUUUGACCAAAUUAGAUUUAAUAGGAAUGCUUAUAUUGUGAUAGACUCAACUGUUAUUGGAAUACGUAUUAUACAUACAGGUAGUUUCAACGUCAUACAGAAGCACUCUAUGGCCACAUGGAUACGAGGAUGUAGGACGUGAUGUUAAGAUCUAUCUGUCAAGUCUAGGCUCCGACGCACCUCAUACAGACCAU